GUUUAUCAAAUUUGAAGCGUGACUCGAUGGUUCGUUUGGCAACCAUGGAAGUGAUUCUCUCUUCUUCAGUACCUUCCAUCUCCACAAUCCCAAGAUUUUCAGCUUCAUCUUCCAGAACCCAUUUUCAUUUCGCCAUCUCCCAUACUUGCAACCCAUCCAAUAUCUCUCUCUCAUUCUCUUCUUCCCCAAAACAUGGUCUUUGUUGCAGAGCAAUUGCUACAGCAACUUCUACGCCCUUAGCUUCAACUACAGGCCACCAACAUUGGAUGGUGCUCUUGGAACCUCCUCCACAAGGCCUCACUUCAAAGCCACAAAUCAUUGAUUACUAUGUCAGAACCCUUGAGAGAGUCUUGGGCAGCGAGAAGGAUGCUCAGAUGUGUAUAUAUGAUGCUUCUUGUGAUGCCAAUUUUGGGUUUUGCUGUGACAUUGAUGAAGAGGCAGCUCAUGAGCUAGCUGGUUUACCUGGUGUAUUGUCAGUUACGCCUGAUCGUGAUUAUAACUCUAAGGAAAAGGAUUACCGUCUGUUAAGUUCUUUAUCGAGUGUAUACACUGGAAGCUCGUUAUUAUUUCCUGCUGGGACAUCUAAACACUGGCUUGUUCGUACUAGCAGGCCAGAUGUUGGAUUCAUCGGGAAGGCACCAGUGGUUGAUUAUUAUGUUCAGAUUCUAGCCAAGGUUAUUGGGAAUGAGAAGGAUGCUCAAAUGUGCUUGUAUCAUGUGUCCUGGGAGUCCAAUUUUGGGUUUUGUUGUGAGCUAGAUAACGAAUCUGCAAAAGAAUUAGCGGGAGUGCCGGGUGUUCUAUCUGUCCAACCGGAUGAAAAGUUUGGGUCAGAUGACAAAGAUUAUGAAGGUGCAAUCUCAAAGCAUGCUAAUGAUUCCCAGGAUUUGUUAACACCGAACAUUAAAACCAAGAAGCUUUUUGUGACUGGUCUGUCGUUCUAUACAUCUGAGAAAACAUUGCGUGCAGCAUUUGAAGGCUACGGGGAGAUUGUUGAAGUUAAAAUCAUCAUGGACAAGAUUUCCAAGAGGUCCAAAGGUUAUGCUUUUGUAGAGUACACCACAGUAGAGGCUGCAAGUGCUGCUCUCAAUGAGAUGAAUGGCAAGAUCAUUAAUGGGUGGAUGAUAACGGUUGAUGUUGCGAGAAAGAAUCCGCCAAAAUAUAACAGAGGAAGCUCAGGAUCAGCUCGUUGACAUUUUCCGCUACAGAAGUCAAACCCUAACAUUUUUUUUUUUUUUUUUUUUGAAAUACUCGUGAUUCUUUACAAGGUAAUAUAUGUUUUAUACUUUCUCAAUCUGGUGAAGUUGCAUCAAGGAGCCAUAGCAUUUCAUUAAAACAUUAAGUUGCCAAUAUUUUUAACGCUGGGUAGUGGCUGUAAAUUUCUCCCGUCAUGCCAAAAUCCCUUUGAAAUUGUAAUCUUGGAGUGGAUUGUGCCUUACAGAACUAAAGAAAAUUGGUUUGUACCUUUCAUAC